GUGCAUGGCCCUGGAGCUGACAUAGAUACUCUUUGUGUGGGACCUAGACAUGCAACCAGAGAUGAAGACUUCUUUGGUGAGCUGAGGAAAAUGCUAUCUGAGAUGCAAGAAGUAACAGAAUUGCACCCUGUGCCCGAUGCUCACGUCCCUGUGAUGAAAUUCAAGUUUAAUGGUGUUUCAGUUGAUCUCUUGUAUGCAAGAUUAGCUUUGUGGGUUAUUCCUGAAGACUUAGAUAUAUCACAGGAGUCAAUAUUACAAAAUGUUGAUGAACAAACUGUUCUUAGUCUUAAUGGUUGUAGAGUAACUGAUCAGGUCCUGCGAUUGGUUCCAAAUAUUCAGACCUUUCGCACAACAUUGAGAUGCAUGAGGUUUUGGGCAAAGCGUCGUGGUGUUUAUUCAAAUGUUGCUGGUUUUCUUGGUGGUAUAAAUCUGGCAUUGCUUGUUGCUCGAAUAUGCCAGUUGUAUCCUAAUGCACUACCUAAUAUGUUAGUGUCUCGGUUCUUUCGGGUGUAUACUCAAUGGCGAUGGCCAAAUCCAGUCAUGCUCUGUGCUAUUGAAGAAGGAUCUCUUGGACUACCUGUUUGGGAUCCUAGAAGAAAUCCCAAGGAUAGAUAUCAUUUAAUGCCUAUAAUUACUCCUGCUUAUCCUUGCAUGAAUUCUACUUACAAUGUUACAUCAAGUACAUUACGUGUUAUGUCAGAUGAGUUUCAGAGGGGGAGUGAAAUAUGUGAGGCUAUGGAGGCUAGCAAGGCUGAUUGGAAUGCUCUUUUUGAGCCUUAUCCCUUUUUUGAAUCUUACAAGAACUAUCUACAGAUAGAAAUAACUGCAGAGAAUGCAGAUGACCUUAGACAAUGGAAAGGCUGGGUUGAGUCUCGUCUCCGCCAAUUAACAUUGAAGAUUGAGAGGCACACUUAUGGCAUGCUUCAAUGUCAUCCACAUCCUGGUGAAUUCUCUGACAAGUCUAGACCUUUUCAUCACUGUUACUUCAUGGGUCUGCAGCGUAAGCAAGGAGUUCCAGUGAAUGAAGGUGAACAGUUUGAUAUAAGGCUAACUGUUGAAGAAUUCAAGCAUUCUGUCAAUGCUUACACACUAUGGAAACCUGGAAUGGAUAUUCAUGUGUCCCAUGUGAAACGCCGGAACAUACCUGCCUACAUAUUCCCUGGUGGUGUCCGGCCUUCAGGCCCAUCAAAAGUAACUGCUGAAAAUAAACAAAGUUCUAAAUUAAGGGCUUCUGGUCACGGUCAAGCAGAAAAAUCUCAAGGAGGUAAAGGAGUUGCUGUUGGAGCGGAUGAUGUGAAAAAGAGAAGGAGAUCAGAGGACGACAUGGAUAAUAGUUCAAAGAAUUCCAAGUCCCCUGUAUCUUUACCUCCCCCUAGCAGGGAAGUUAAUGAAGAUAUGACUCCUAUUAAAUGGGAUGAAUCAGAAGUCAAUAGUAGUGACGGUCAAAAGAGCAAGAAACUUUGUCUGACAUCUCCAGGGGAGAUUCCUCCUGGGGAUAGUGGGACCAAUGGAUCUGUGGCAAGCAACCAACCAGUGAACCCUAUACUUGCUGCUACUGAUAUAUCCAGUUCUAAAGAAGAAGAAAAACUAGCCAUUGAAAAGAUUAUGUCAGGGCCAUAUGAUGCACAUCAAGCCUUUCCAGAAGAACCUGAAGAGCUUGAAGAUGACACUCAGUAUAGAACUCAAGUCAAAGAUACUGCUGGGAGCUUGGAAAACAUUACUGAAUCUUUAGCCUUAAAGCCUGCAGUGGCAGAAGAGCCAGUUGUUUAUAUGGAAACUACUUGCUCUACUAGUUUAUGCUCCAAUGAGGGCUUGGAGGAGCUUGAGUCUGCUGAGCUAACAGCACCAUUGUUAACUGUGCCUCCUGCACCUGCACCGCUGAAGAAGCCUCUUAUCAGGUUGAACUUCACCUCCUUGGUAAAAGCUGCUGACAAGAGUUCUUAGACACCUCAAAACUUAAUCUGCAGCUAUCUGAUUUAUGUAAAAUUGACAUUUCUAGUUCCUCGUUUAUUUAUGUAAUAACUAUGAUGCAGUAAAUAAACCCGAGCUAGAAAACCAUCAUCAAUUUUCAUUGAUAUGUACAUGAGAAUAUGUUGCACCGGAAAAAUAAAAAAGAUUUUGACCA